AAUUACAAGUUGCCCUGUUGAGGAGCACCUUAAAACCGGAAAUGUCACACAGCACCGACUCCGCGUUCAAGCAUCCAGCCUGUUGUUAGACGUUAACAAGCGAGUGUGGCACGACUUAAGCCGUUCAGCUGCAGUGUUUCAGAGGUAAAGAGAGUUUGAGCGUGUGUUAUUGCUCAGGAAACACCCUACUAUGCCUGGGUUAGACUAUAAAUUCCUCGAGCGACCGAGACGCCGCUUCCUGUGUCCUCUGUGCAACAAGCCGAUGAGGGAGCCGGUGCAGGUGUCCACCUGCGGACACAGGUUCUGUGAUACCUGCCUCCAGGAGUUUCUCAGUGCGGGUGUGUUCAAGUGCCCAGAAGAUCAGCUGCCUCUCGACUAUGCUAAAAUUUUUCCGGAUGUAGAGUUGGAGCAGCAGAUUCUGGCUCUGCCCAUCCGCUGCAUUCACAGCGAGGAGGGUUGCCGCUGGUCAGCACAAAAUAAGCAACUUCAGGCCCAUCUUUCAGUAUGUACCUAUAACGUGGUGCCGUGUCCUAACCGCUGCAUGCUGAAAUUGUUGAGGCGUGAUCUUCCUCAGCACCUGCAGCAUGACUGCACUAAGAGAAAGCUGCGCUGUGACCACUGUGCCGAGGAGUUCACCGGGGAAGCACAUGAGAGGCACCAGGACAUGUGUCCAGAGGAGAGUGUGUACUGUGAGAAUAAGUGCGGGGCUCGUAUGGUGCGCAGAUUGCUGACCCAGCACAGUCUGUCUGAAUGCCCCAAACGCAAACUCUCCUGCAAAUACUGUAGCAAAGAGUUCCUCUACGACACCAUUCAGCAUCAUCAGAGCCAGUGUCCACGCUUCCGAGUGCAGUGCCCCAACAGCUGUGGCACACACGGCAUCGCCCGAGAGGAUUUAAUGACUCAUAUUAAGGAGAGCUGUGGGAGCGCCAUGGUGCUCUGUCCGUUCAAAGAUGCCGGCUGCAAGUACAGAUGUUCCAAGCCUGCAGUAGCCCAUCACCUGGACGAGGCCGCCCACUCUCACCUGUCUUUACUCUGCGGCCUUGUGAAUCGGCAGAGACUCGAGCUGCGGGAGCUGCGGCGUCGCGUAGAGGAACUUUCCGGAAACCAAGACGGCACUUUGCUUUGGAAAAUCCCCAACUACAGCCGUCACCUCCAGGAGACCAGAAACGGCUCCAAUGACACUUCAGAGCUCUUCAGCCCUGCUUUCUACUCGCAUCGCUAUGGAUACCGUCUCCAAGUCUCCGUCUUCCCUAACGGGAACGGCAGUGGUGAAGGAACGCACCUGUCUGUCUACAUCAGAGUGCUCCCGGGCGAGUAUGAUGGCCUGCUGGAGUGGCCGUUCCCUCACCGCGUCACCUUCUCACUACUGGACCAGAGCGACCCAGCGCUCUCCAAACCGCAGCACGUCACCGAGAGCUUCAGCCCAGAUCCCAACUGGAAGAACUUCCAGAGACCUCGGCCUGGAGCAGUGGGGAGCGUACGCGCGAGCUGUCUGGACGAGAGCAUGCUGGGAUUCGGGUACCCCAAGUUCAUCUCGCAUGAGCAGAUGAAGGAAAGGAACUACAUCAGAGACAACGCGAUCUUCAUCAAAGCUUCCAUAGACGUGGUGCAGAGAAUAAUCAACUGAGCCGAACUUGAGUAAAAGGAGUCAAAGGAAACAAGUAAAACUGUCCUUUAUUAUUAAGGCAUUAUUGCAUAUGAUCAUUAUGUCUUGAUAUUUUACUGAAAUUUAAAGGAAAAAGAGGAGGAAAGUUAAUAAGGGCUACAUAAGUGGACAAGGUAAAGGAUAGAGUAGAGUUAGCAGGACGGGGAAAGCAGUUCCAUCUCAGUACGGAACUUCUUAUCCAAUUUACAUAGGAACGUUUAGGGAUAAUAGGAUGGGUCUAGCAAAAAUGUAGGCUAAUUCAGUUUUUAAAGUUUAAUCAUACUGUUACAAUUGAAAUCAUCUUUACCCUAUAUACAGUGGAGGAAAGAGUACAAAACACAGUGUUGAGUAAAAGUACUGCUACUGUAGUAAUAAUUCACGUAAAAGUAAAAGAUGUGAUCGAGAAAAGUACUCAAGUAAGAGUAAAUAAGUCGUCUGGUGAAAAGCUACUUCCCCAGAUGACGUUUUUACGUGUCUACUACUGACACAACUAAUGUGAAAAUGUUCUGUAAAAUGAUGAAAAAUGAUAUUAACUAACCAAGUGAACACCUCCGUUAUCAGCAGUAUAUAAAGAAAGCUAAUAUUAGCAACAUUUAACUAAGCUAGCUUAUGUUAAUCCGUGCAUGUUUCAAGCUAUAUUGUUAGCUAUCUAGCAAAAUGCUCCUUACGCAUUAUUCUAUAGGCUGUAACAGCACUUAGACAUAUACAGACGCUUGCUACUGAACACCAAAGCAACAUUUUAUGUUUAGUACAGAGCUCUAAUUCUGUAAAGCAUCAAAAGAUCUGGGUCGUUAGCGGGAUUCACUCAGCUAGCUAAUGGCUUACCUGUACAUGUUUCCACAGGUUGGAUGUUGAGCUGUGAAAUGCUGAUCUCCAGGGGUUGAAAAUUUUAUUUAAAAAAAAAAAAAAAAACCCAUGUAAAUGUACUGUGAUUUAAUUACUUUAAUACGCAGAAAAUAUCAUUGACGUAGCUUUGUAACAGUCCUUCAUGUUUAGCAAGCUGAAGAUUCUCCACAAGUGAGUGCUAUUAACACUGACUUUAACCAGGUUAUAUAUCAGUGUAAGGAAGGAAACAAAUAUAGAAUUAACCAUAUAGAAUAUAAAAACAAAUAUAGAAUUCAGCCACCCUAAAACCACCCUAGAUUUAACCCAAAUCUAUACACUUCAACUAAGUUUAUAAGGAUAUAGGACUACGUAUCCUAUAAUGAUCCGUUCAGCGUGUUUUUACAGCCCUAAAGAACAAAUUAGCAAUUGUAUCUCUCAGAUUGCAGUGUGUCUCAGUUUUUAAUCUUAAUCUCAAGAUUAUUUUGGCCACUUUGGAAUUCUCAAAAAAAUUCUCACUUGUGCAAAAGCAGCAGCGUUGCCACUGGCGAAGUCUUCAAAAUACUUUUCUAUUCAAAUGCAUUUUGUGUCAUGAUUUACAAGAGAUGUGUAUUCCACAUGUGCUUUGAAAACACACCAUUCUGCCUUGCAAAUAAAAAAAAACUCAGUGAUUUCGCUUGA